AUGAAAUUUGCAAAGGAUUUAGAACAGGAAUUGGUCCCUGAAUGGCGAGCCAAGUAUCUCAAUUACAAGCAAGGGAAGAAGAAGAUCAAGGCCAUAACUCGCGCCCUGCGAGCGAUUGACCAGGCGCCGCGUACUCCCAGUCGCCGUGCCUUUGGCCUUUCAGGGAGCGAUGGAACGCCUCAGUCUACACGCCCUCCCUUUCGUCACCUCGGAUCAUUUCGCAGGAUGAGGUCGAAAGCUCCUUCACGGAGCAGACGGGAGCCUGAAACUCUAGAUGGCGAACGCAGCCCUACAGACGUUCGACCCCAGGAGACGUCGUUUCCUGAGACACAACCUCUCAGGACACCGGGUUCGCGGUUUGCGGACCAUACUGGUGGCUAUGGCAGUAUUAUAUCUGCUCACUCUCGUUCCGCUACGCUUCCAUCCUUGGAACUCCCGGAUCCAGCUCUGGACCCCAACGACACAAACUUUCCCCCCCACUCCCAAAUGUUUCAAUCGCAUUCGCCGCAGUCAAGUGCACAAUCCAAGCCCCCACGAGCUCAAAAUCGUAGAAGCCUGCCGCAUUCUAUACUACCAGGACCCAGGAAUCCUUUCAGAUCCAGGAGUGACUCUGUUCCUGCUCCUCGGCCCGUUCGUAAAAAUUCAUUUCUGCAGCGGAUGUUUGUCUCUAGGCUACCACAUGAUUCCCCAGCCACAAAACCUCCUGCUGAAGCGUUCAUAGAGGUGAGACACAGAGAAAAUGAAUUUUUCUCCUUUCUUGAUAAGGAACUAGCGAAAAUCGAAGCUUUUUAUCGGAUGAAGGAGGAGGAGUCAACUGAAAGAUUGAAACUUCUCAAGGAACAGCUACAUGUAAUGCGUGACUCCAGGAUUGAGCAGUUAAGAAGUAAGGCCCGGUCACGGAUUCAGGGAGAACGGCUGCCGAAUUCAAAUACCAUGUCAACCCUUGAAACUGGUCCAAGCGCUGCAAAAUGGAAAGGAGCUCUCAAGAAGACUGACCCUUCAUCUGACCUAAAUAAACUGUCAAAAGAGCUGGAAGAGCUUCCAACACCAGGGUCUACUUUACACCGCUCCCAUGACACCGAGGAAUAUCGAGACUUUGUACGUAAAAAGGAGCAUGAUGUUCCUUACCGAUCUGCAAAGCGAAAGCUGAAGGUUGCAAUCCUUGAGUAUUACCGUGGACUGGAGCUAUUAAAAGCUUAUGCUUACCUAAAUCGGAAGGCCUUUCGAAAAAUUAAUAAAAAGUAUGACAAGGCUACAAACGCUCGGCCUACCGGGAGAUAUAUUGCCGAAAAAGUCAAUAAAGCUUGGUUCGUGCAGAGUGAUCUUGUGGAAAAUCAUCUUGUAGCAGUUGAAGACUUAUAUACGAGAUAUUUCGAGCGUGGCAAUCGAAAAGUUGCUGUCACUAAGCUCCGUGGCAAGGCGACGAGAUCGCAAGACUAUUCUUCUAAUUCCUUUAGGAACGGGUUACUGUUCGCUGCUGGCCUUGUGCUUGGUAUUCAAGGGCUUGUAUAUGCUGUCCAACAUCUAUUCAAUCAUGGCAACAAUAGUAGCGGAGCUCUACGUGUUCAAACGGGAUAUUUACUUCAGGUAUGA